AUGGUUGGACUUCAGCCAUCAGAAGUGCCUCCCACAACAGUUGUGAAGUUCCUGGGGGCCGGUACUGCCGCCUGUUUCGCUGACCUCCUCACCUUCCCCCUGGACACCGCCAAGGUCCGCCUGCAGAUCCAGGGGGAGAACCCAGGGGCGCAGAGCGUGCAGUACCGCGGCGUGCUGGGUACCAUCCUGACCAUGGUGCGCACCGAGGGUCCCCGCAGCCUCUACAGCGGACUGGUUGCUGGCCUGCAUCGCCAGAUGAGCUUUGCCUCCAUUCGAAUCGGCCUCUACGACUCUGUCAAACAGUUCUACACCCCCAAAGGAGCGGAACACUCCAGCAUCGCCAUCAGGAUUCUGGCAGGCUGCACCACGGGAGCCAUGGCAGUGACCUGUGCUCAGCCCACGGAUGUGGUGAAGGUCCGAUUUCAAGCCAUGAUACGCCUGGGAACUGGAGGCGAGAGGAAAUACAGAGGAACUAUGGAUGCCUACCGAACCAUCGCCAGGGAGGAAGGAGUCAGGGGCCUGUGGAAAGGGACGUGGCCCAACAUCACCAGAAACGCCAUUGUCAACUGUGCUGAGAUGGUGACCUAUGACAUCAUCAAGGAGAAGCUGCUGGACUCUCGCCUGUUCACUGACAACUUCCCCUGUCACUUCGUGUCCGCCUUUGGAGCAGGCUUUUGUGCCACAGUGGUGGCUUCUCCGGUGGACGUGGUAAAGACCAGAUACAUGAAUGCUCCCCCAGGCAGGUACCGCAGCCCUCUACACUGUAUGCUGAGGAUGGUGGCCCAGGAGGGCCCCACAGCCUUCUACAAAGGAUUUGUGCCCUCCUUUCUGCGUUUGGGAGCCUGGAACGUGAUGAUGUUUGUAACCUACGAGCAGCUGAAACGGGCCUUGAUGAAAAUCCAAGUAUUACGGGAAUCUCCAUUUUGAACACGGCAAGCGGGCUACUUGGUGCUUUCCUCAUAAAAGGCUGCCUAGAAGAGAAUAAAGCCGCGGCUCUCUGCCAGCGGACCCAAUGGACCGAGUGGACCGAGCAGACCCAAUGGACCCAGCAGACCCAGUGAACCCAGCAGACCCAGCGGACCCAGCCGACCCAGGCCCACACACAUUACAGAACUCUGCGCUCAUUGCUGAUUCAAGAAACUGAACUAAAAGAGGAGGAAAGUUUUAGUCUUCCGUGUUUUGUCCUAAAACACCUUUGUUUUGCACUGACCUGAUGGGAAUUAAAUUAUAUUAAUUUUUAAAGCCCUUCCGGUUGGAUGCCUAACAUUUAGGCAAAAGAAAAUCCGAUUCCUUUGGACAAAAGGGAGGUUUGCCAACCCCCCAGAAAUGUAGGAUUAGACGAUGAAUAAGAAAGUGGAAAGGCACCGGGCGGUGGUGGCGCACGCCUUUAAUCCCAGCACUCGGGAGGCAGAGCCAGGCGGAUCUCUGUGAGUUCGAGGCCAGCCUGGACUACCAAGUGAGUUCCAGGAAAGGCGCAAAGCUACACAGAGAAACCCUGUCUCGAAAAACCAAA